ACGCGUGCUUUUGAACUCACGAGCUUCUCCUGUGUACUACUAGAUGAAAAGGAAGGGAGACAAAAAGCAAAAACAAGUACAGCGACUUUCAGUAGUUGCAGCUUCUAAACAAAGAGCACGUUUUAAAAUGCUGCGCCUUUUUCAGUAAAUAUCGGUUACAAACAGAAACCCUAAACAGCUUCAAUUAAGGCUUCAUCUUCAUCUAUUUUGCGCUAUCAUGUUUACUACAAGUAUUAGACUUCGGAGUGCUAUUUCACUUUUUAAAGUGUGCCCGAAGCGAAAGAACACCGGGUCUCUGAUGAAAUAUUCCACCGCCUCAUCAGAGAGGAAGAGGUUUUAUCAAGAUGUCAGCGUAUCCCAAGGAGAGGGUGGUUUGUAUGAGAUAAACCUGGACCGCAGGAAACUGAAAACUCCAGGUGGGAAGCUGUUCUCAGUGCCCAAUGAAGCCCUGGCUAUCGCCGUGGCAACAGAGUGGGAUGCUCAAAGGGAUUCACUCAAGUUCUACACGAUGCAUAUGACCACCCUGUGCAACACGGCUCUGGAUAAUCCCACUCAGCGCAACAAGGACGAAAUGAUUAAUGCUGCUCUGAAGUUUCUGGAAACAGACACGAUUUGUUACAGAGUAGAGGAACCUCCUGGUUUGGUCGAGCUCCAGAAGAAUGAGUGGGACCCUGUGCUGCACUGGAUUGAAAAGAGAUACAACGUCACUAUUGGGUCUUCAUCCAGCAUUUUGGGUCCUGACAUUCCAGAGGCAACCAAAGACACAUUCAGGCAGCAUCUCAGUUCAUAUAACCUCUGGUCCCUGACAGGACUCGAGUAUGUGAUCACCCAGCUGAAGUCCGUGGUGCUGUCACUGGGGAUGAUCGACAGACAUCUGAGCGUGGAGCAGGCUGUGCUGCUGUCCAGGCUGGAGGAGGAGUACCAGAUUCAACGUUGGGGUAACGUGGAAUGGGCCCAUGACUACGACAUGUAUGAGCUGAGGGCACGGACCGCAGCUGGAGCUCUUUUUGUUCAGCUCUCAUCUGAGAGUUCAACCGUCAAACGUAAACUCAUGCAAGACUGAGGAGGAGCAGGACCAGCAGAAAGAAAUAAAAAAAAACUGUUUUGAAAACACAAAGUAAAUUUGCUGUAAUACCCCCAAACUCUCAUAGGUGCAGGAAUAUGUCUUUAGUCACAUUCAGCACCACAUAUCCAGACUGUUCCUUUUAUCUUCUGUCAGUCAKCUGUUGUGGAGUCAUCUCUCAUUUUGCUGCUGUGACACUUCGGACUCAGGCACAAGGCUUAAACAGAGUGAUUGUAUAUUCAUUUCAUGAUGCUUUUUCUGUGUGUCCCAUCUGUGCCAGCCCACAUUAAUUAUGCUGUGGGUUUGAUUUUGUAGAGGGACUCAGCUUGUGAAAACUGGUUAUGGAGUCAGAUUGUUUUUUUUCUUUAAAUAAYCCAUCUUUGUCACUUUAUUACUGACUAGUGAAGAGAUGGAGARACUGAAGGAGGUUUAGAUUCAUUUACUGUAGGCUUAUCUGUAUAUUUUCUUUUGCACAAGGUCAGUUGYAGUAAAGAAGCAGACUUCUUUAUUAUCUUGUAUUUAUCAACAUGCAAAGAGCAAAUAGUGCUGACAUGGAUCAGAACUACAAAAGAAUACUUAUCUGUAAAUGUUAUUUGCUGUUUGAAUUGGUUUAAAGCAAAAUUAUGUUUAUUAUUGGCAAAUAAAUGUAAGCAAAAAUGUUUAUA